AUGUCUUACUGCGGACCAUCGUUUGCCAUUCCAUCCUGUGCCUCUGCUCCAGCUGUUGGUUUUGGAUCACCAGGCUUCCACACUUUGGGCUGGGGAGGAUUACACGGGACCCCCGGCUUCGCCAUUCCCUCCGCUGCCUCUGCUCCAGCCAUCGGCUUCGGAUCGUCAAGCUUCGCUCAUAACACCGGGGUACCCUCUGCUAGCCUGGGCGUUCUUUCUGGAGUCGAGCCUUCCUGCAUCAACCAGAUCCCACCUGCAGAAGUCUUGAUCCAGCCACCUCCCGUGGUCAUGACCCUCCCAGGACCCAUCCUCUCUGCUACCGGUCAACCAGUUGCUGUGGGAGGCAACACUCCGUGCGCUGUUAGUUAUGGUGGGCCUGGCAGAGUGGUUUCUACAGGUAGUUUUGGGUCUAUCGGAGGCCAAUUGGGGAGCUCCUGGGGCCGCAGAGGCAGUCUCAUCCCAUGGCGCAGAGGCAGUCUCAUCCCGAGGCGGAGGGGCAGCUUCUCCCCUUGCAUUUGA